UGCUUCCUCGAGGUUUGGGAAGAAGCUAUCCGCGCGCGCUGGGGCUGAGGCGGAGGCGAGAUGACCGAGUCCUAUGUGAAGAAGCUGGCCGCCAUCCUGCUGGACGCCAUCACCGACAAGGACCCUCUGGUGCAGGAGCAGGUGUGUGGCGCCCUGUGCGCCCUGGGAGAGGCUGCGCCGGAGGAGGCGCUCGGUGCCUGCGAGGAGUACCUGCGGCAGCAUGAGAAGCUGGCACACCCUUACCGGACGAUGAUCCUGAGGGCCAUGGAGGUGGUUGUGAGCAGCCACAUCGGUGAGCUGGACAAGGCCAAGGCCAGGGCUGUCACCCUCCUGGCUUCCAGUGAGAUGACCAGGGCGAAGGAGUUGGUCUGUGACUGGCAGCGGGCCGCCAGCAACGUCCUGGUGGCCGUCGGAAAGCGGUUCGUCGGCACGGUGAUGGAGGAGCUGCUGAGCAAGUUCCAGCCCGGGGCCCUGCCCCACUGCUCCGUCGUGCAGACCCUCGCCAACCUCGCAGCCUCCAAUGUGUUCGGCAUGGUGCCCUUCCUGACGUCCCUCCUGAGUACCAUGCUGCCCAUGCUGGGCAUGGCCAAGCACGACGCAAUGAGGGUGGCGUUCUGCUGUGCUCUGCAGCACUUCAGCGAAAGCAUUCUGGAGUACCUGGCCGACCUGGACCAAGCCCCGGACCCCACGGUCAGGAAGGACACCUUUGCCACCGACAUGCUCAGUGCCUACGACAUCCUCUUCACCCACUGGCUGCAGAGCCGCGAAGCCAAGCUCCGGCUCGCUGUGCUGGAGGCCCUGGGCCCCAUGAGCCACCUGCUGCCUGGCGAGAAACUGGAGGAGCAGCUGCCCAAGCUCCUGCCCGGGGUCCUGGCCCUCUACAAGAAGCACGCGGAGACCGUCCACGUGUCCAAGAGCCUGGGCCAGAUCCUCGAGGCCGCGGUGAGCAUGGGCAGCCGCACGCUGGAGCCACAGCUGGACUCGCUCCUGGCCGCUCUGCAUGCUCAGAUCUGCGCGCCCGUGGAGUCAUCCAGCCCCCUGGUGGUGAGCAACCAAAAGGAGGUGCUGCGCUGCUUCACCGUGCUGGCUCGCUGUGCACCUGACCGCUUACUGGCCUUCCUGCUGCCCAAGCUCGAUGCCAGCAACGAGAGGACCCGCGUGGGCACCCUGCAGGUCGUGAGGCACGUCAUCAACUCCGCGGCUUCUCAGAUGGAAGUUAAGAAGCCCUUUAUUCUGUCCUCCAUGAGGCUUCCUCUUCUGGACACCAACACCAAGGUGAAACGGGCCGUGGUGCAGGUGAUCAGUGCCAUGGCCCACCACGGCUACUUGGAGCAGCCCGGAGGAGAGGCGAUGGUGGAGUACAUCGUGCAGCAGUGUGCACUGCCCCCCGAGACAGAGCUGCAGAAGCUGGGUCCCGACAGCGAGGACCUCACAGCGGACAGUGUGCGGGCCGUCAGCGUCAGCGCUCUCUACCUGGUCAGCACCGCCGUGGACAGGAUGAGCGACGUCCUCUGGCCCUACCUGCUGGCCUUCCUCACGCCCGUGCGCUUCACCGGGGCGCUGACCCCGCUCUGCAGGAGCCUUGUGUACCUGGCCCAGAAGAGGCAGGAGGUGGGAGCCGAGGCCUUCCUCAUCCAGUCCGACAGCAACGUGACCCUCCCUUCGCCCUACGCCAUCACCGCGAGACUCCUGACAGUGUCCUCCCAGCCCUACAUGGGGGACGGCCGCGGGGCCGCCUCUCUGCGCCUCUUGAACGCGCUGCAUCGUAGCAUCCACCCUCUGCUGGGGCAGCGUUGGGCGACCACCAUCCCCCCGUUGCUGGAGCACCUGGAUGAAUUCACUGAAGAAACCCUGUCCCAGAAGGAGUGGGAGGAGAAGCUGCUUGCGUUCCUUCGGGACACUCUGGCUGUCGUGUCUGACAACACGUGGAUUUGCCAGCUGAGCCUGGAGAUGUGCAAGCAGCUGCCUUGCUACAACGGGCUGCCCCAGGAGAAGAACUUCCUGUACAAGUGCGUGGGAACCGUGCUGGGGGCCACCUCGAGCAAGGACGUGGUGAGGAGGCAGCUGCGGGAGCUGCUGGAGACGGCCGGACACCAGGAGGAGGCCGAGCGCGAGGGCCUCGCCUGCUGCUUUGGGAUCUGCGCCAUCUCUCACCUGGAUGACGUCCUGGCCCAGCUGGGGGACUUCAUGAGGUCGGAUGUGUUCAGAAAAUCCACGGGCAUUUUCAACAUUUUCAAGGAGCGCAGCGAGAACGAGCUGGAGAAGCUGAAGGGCACCGUGAUCCUGUGCUACGGGCACGUGGCGGCGCGGGCCCCCCGGGAGCUGGUGCUGCCCAAGGUGGAGUCCGACCUCCUGCCAAACAUGUUCCACUACUUCAGCACCAAGGUUCUGGGAAUAAAGGUAGAGACCAAGGACCCGGCUCUGAAGCUGUGUCUGGUCCAGAGCAUGUGCAUGGCCAGCCAGGCCAUCUGCAACAAUGCCCAGGCCGGCUCCUUCCACUUCUCCCGGAAGCCGGAGUUGGUGGCACAGAUGAUGGAGUUUAUCAAGGCAGAGCCCCCGGACUCCCUGAGGUCGCCCCUCCGGAAGAAGGCCAUGCUCGCCUGCACUUACCUGGUCUCCUUGGAGCCGGCGCUGGAGGAGCAGGUGCGGGCCGAUCUGGUGCGUCACUGUCUGCACAGCGUCCUGUCCGUGCUGCCCGAUCCCGAGGGGGAGCGCGACCACCAGGAGUCCCUGUACCUGGACACCAUGCACGCCCUUGAAGAUUUGCUCACCAGCCUCCUUCGGCGGGAUAUGACCCCCCAGGGCCUGCAGAUCAUGGUGGAGCACCUGAGGCCAUGGAUCAAGUCCCCACGGGGCCACGAGCGGGUGCGGGCACUGGGCCUGAGCGCCUGCCUGCUGCGGCACUUCCUGGACCAUCUCCGUGUUGGCGCCCUGGUGCCCUUCCACAACCUCGGCCUCCUCAUAGGCCUCUUCUCCCCUCGCUGUGCGGACUUGUGGCCCGCCACCCGCCAGGAGGCCGUGAGCUGUGUCUAUGCCCUACUAUACCUGCAGCUGGGCUACGAGGGCUUCGCCCGCGACUACCGGGACGAUGUGGUUGAGCGACUCCUCACCCUCAAAGACGGCCUUGUGGACCCCGACCCUGACGUCCUCUUCCACACCUGCCACAGCAUCGGCCAGAUCAUUGCGAAGCGCCUCCCGCCAGAGCAACUCAUCAGCCUCUUGCUGACCAUGUUUGAGGGGCUGGGCGACCCCGACAAGAACUGUUCUCGGGCGGCUACCGUCAUGAUCAACUGUUUGCUGAAGGAGCGAGGCCACGUGCUCCUGGAGAAGGUACCUGAGCUCGUGACCGUGCUCCGCUCGAAGCUGCGGGACACCCGGGAGGAGGACAUCCUGAAGGCCGCCCAGCACAGUGUGUACCUCCUGGCGUCCCAGCACUGCGCCGCCGUGGUGGCCAGCCUCCUGGGCAGCCCCCUGCCCUUUGACAGCCACACCUGUACUCUGUGGCGGGCACUGGCUGUGGAGCCCAGCCUCACCACGCAGGUCCUGGGGCUGCUCCUGGACAAGAUGAGCAGGGACGUCCCGUUCAAGGAGACCCGGGCCUUCCUGCUGAGCAGCUCCCCGGGCCGCGAGGCCACUCUGCUACCCCUUGCGGCCACGUGUGCGCUGUACGAGGUCAUGAGUGCGCCAGCGUCCGGGCCUGCGGUGCUCGGGCUCUACCCCCAGCUGUUCGCGGCGCUGCUGCUGCGGGUCAGCUGCACCGUGGGCGUCGUGCUGCCACGGACCCUGCAGGCCAAGGAGAGGAGGAGCGCGGCUGUUGCUCCAGCCCCCAGGACCCUCGAGCCCUGCAGCUCUGCCGUGGAGGCCCUGCAGGCCAUGCUGCUCCGGGGCGGCAGCGAGGACGUGGUGCAGCGCAUGGAGCUGGAGGGAGGCUGGCAGCUGCUCAGGACCUCAGCGGGGCAUGAGGAGGGGGUCGCCCGGCUGGCCAGUGCCAUGGCCAAGUUUGCGGGCCCCCGGCUGCCCCUGGUGAUGGCGGCGCUCGUGUGCACACAGGGCAGCAUAUAUGAGAUCCAGCGGGUCACCUCCACAGGGUUUCUGGCCGAGCUGCUGAACAGCAACGUGGUGAAUGACCUCAUGCUCCUGGAGUCGCUGCUGGACAGCCUGGCGGCCCGGCAGAAGGACCCGUGCGCCAGCGUGCGGCGGCUGGUGCUGCGAGGCCUGGCCAACAUCGCCUCUGGCUCUCCGGACAAGGUGCAGGCCCAUGGCCCCCAGCUUCUGACCGCUGUACUUGGCGGGCUGGACGACGGGGACGACCCUCACAGCCUGGUGGCUCUGGAGGCCAUGGUGGGCCUGGCAAGACUGCUGGACCUGAUGGAGCCCCAGGACCUGCACCCUGUGCUGCCGCACGUCGCCAUCCGCAUCCGGCCCUUCUUCGACAGUGAGAAGGUGGAGCUCCGUUCUGCCUCCAUCCGCCUCUUCGGGCACCUCAACAAGGCCUGCCACGGCGGGGGCUGUGAGGACGGGUUCCUGGAGCAGGUCGUGGGCGGGCUGGUGCCCCUGCUGCUGCACCUCCAGGACCCCCAAGCCGCCGUGAGCAGCGCCUGCAGGUUCGCCCUGUGCAUGAGCGGCCCCAACCUCAAGUGCGAGGAGCUGGCCGCGGCCCUGCAGAAGCACCUCCGGGAGGGGCGGGGCCUGCACUUCGGGGAGUUCCUCAACUGCGCCUGCAAACUCCUGAUGCACCACCUCCCAGACCUGCUGGGCCGCCUGGUGAGCACCAGCCUGUUCUACUUCAAGAGCAGUUGGGAGGACGUCCGCGCUGCCGCCCCGAUGCUCACAGGGUUCCUGGUGCUGCACGCGGAGGCAGAGCACCGGCCGCAGGUGGACCUGGAGCCGCUCACAGCAGCGCUCCAGCUGCUGCUCAAGGACCCAGCCCCGCUGGUGCGCGUGAAGGCUGCUGAGACUCUGGGCCGCCUGGGGAAGUUCGCCUGAGGCUCCGGCAGUGGCGCCGCCCCCA